GUAUCUCUACCCUGAAUGAUGCUGUGGAGCAUUUCUAAUUCAUUCUGGAUAAGUGUUCGGUUGGCCAUCCCGACCAUGCAGCCGCCCUUGCCAACCUCACAUGGGCCCGCCUUGAAGGCUAUAUUCAAAAAGAUCGACUCUACUGCCUCCCUAUUCCACGAUGCCCCUGCAUUGCGUCCGCAGGGCUACCUUGAUCAUCCCUUAUCUCUUUGUUAUUUCACCAAAGCACUGAACUGGCGCUACGACUAUCAUCAUACCCCCACUGAUAUCCGCAAAUCUGCCUGGCUCUACAAUGAGCUACUGACUCUGUCCCGAGGGCACCUAUCUUCGGAGCAUCGCAGCAGUGCCCUGAACAAGCUUUCAUGGGCUCUCGAUACACGCUUUACACAAUGUGGCGGCAUUGAUGAUUUGGACGAGAGCAUACGAAUUCGUCGUGACGUCAUGUCUCUGCUGGGCCCCGAAGAAUGGCAUGAUCGUGGGACCUUCCUGAACAACUUGGCCCUUUCUAUAUCAUGGCGCUUCAAUCACCAGGGGAAAUCUCAUGACCUCGACGAGGCCAUCUCCUUGUACGAAGAAGCACUGCGUCUGUGGCCUGUUGGGCAUGAAUAUCGUGGUUUUUUAUUGGACAACCUAGGGGACCCCAUCUGCGCCUGUUUCCGAAAAUGUGGUGACAUUAAUGACAUCAAUAGAGCUAUCAACCUCUUGUGCGAGGCACUGACAUUGCGCCCACCUGGGGAUCCAACUCGUGGAACCACGCUUAACAACCUUGCCACCGCACUCCAAACCAAAUAUCAUAAAUUGCAUACUACUACUAGCAAGGAUCUUAACGAUGCCAUUGAUUCGUACCGCGAAUCACUUCGGUCAGAAGAGCUUGACCGUCCAGAGCGCCAUAGAAAUUUGAUCAAUUUGAGCUUGGCACUCCGCUCUUGUUUUACACAAACUCAAAAUGAAGAUGCCGAGGAGGCCAUUUGUCUCGGCCAAGAAUCAUUGGUGGCUUUGCCUCCACUGCACCCCGAAAGACAUUUCAGUUGCAAGUGGUUGAAGGAAGCUUAUCUUUCUCGUUAUGAGGUGCAAUGCAACCCUGCUGAUUUGUCCCUCGCGUUAGAGAACUUCAGACUAGCGUCAAGACACCCCACUCAAAGCCUUCCGGCAUGCAUCGUCGAGGCAUAUAAUUAGACUGUUGCGGCAGAGCAGCAUGAUCAUAGAUCUGCACUGGAAGCCUAUCCAGUGUUUUUCGAGCUUCUUGUGCUCAUCUGGCCACACGAGCAUCGACCACGUCGCUGUGUGAAGCCGCUGCUGCCUUCAGUUAUGCCAGAACGUUCCUUGUAGAUGCUGCAUCGUGCGCCUUACGCCAUCAUGACCCGCGAAAAGCCGUCGAGCUUGUGGAGCAGGGCCGUGGUCAGCAAUGGUCGCUGGCCUCUCGCCUGAGGACUUCACUUGAAGACCUCGAGAUCCCAAUCUAGCUCACAAAUUUUCGGAGCUCAGCAAGUGUCUGUCUGGCGCUCGGGGU